GGAGAGGGUCUGAGCUCCUGCCAGAGGGUGAGACAGGUGGCAGCAUGAGUCGGGAGCUGUCCACGGUGCUGUCCGUGGUGCUGCUGCUGGUGGCUCUGGGGCCAGUCCGAGCACAGAAUGACACAGAGCCAAUUGUCCUGGAAGGCAAGUGCCUGGUGGUGUGUGACUCCAACCCGGCCACAGACUCCAAAUCCUCGUCCUCUUCACCCCUGGGCAUCUCAGUGAGGGCUGCCAACUCCAAGGUGGCUUUUUCAGCUGUGAGAAGCACCAACCAUGAACCCUCGGAGAUGAGCAACAAAACCAGGAUUAUAUAUUUUGACCAGAUUUUAGUGAAUGUCGGCAACUUUUUCACCCUGGAGUCUGUGUUUGUUGCUCCGCGGAAAGGGAUUUACAGCUUCAACUUCCACGUCAUAAAGGUUUAUCAGAGCCAGACCAUCCAGGUUAAUUUGAUGCUUAAUGGAAAACCAGUCAUUUCUGCUUUUGCUGGAGAUAAAGACGUCACUCGUGAAGCGGCCACCAACGGGGUCCUUCUCUAUCUGGACAAAGAGGACAAGGUGUACCUGAAGCUGGAGAAAGGGAACCUGGUCGGCGGGUGGCAGUACUCAACCUUCUCGGGGUUUCUGGUGUUCCCUCUGUGAAUCAGCGCGGACAGCAGACAACCUUCCGCCUUCGUUAUCAUCAAUGGCUCGUUGCGUCUUUUGGCUUCCCAUGGGUUAAUAUGGAUUAUUCCAAGAUGUUCUUGGUUUCUUCACUGAACUCUCUUGACAUUUCAAAGAAAGUAUUUUGUGUGUUUGAAAUAUAUUUGGAUUAAAAAAAAAAGACAAUAAAUGUAAAUAUACAUAAACCUGAUGGUAACACUUUAAAGCCGCCGGCGAGAUUUUCAGUUACGGGAAAUAUUCCGGCUACGAGGGAAUCACGCAUCCACGCGUCUCAUGUAAUGCGAACUUCAAUCAGGGGCUAGAUGUGCGCGGCUAAGGAGUUAGAAUUAAAAUGCUAGGUUAUUCACAAUCUGAUUAUCUCCCAAACAUUAAUAUUUCAUGGAGAAACCGCGCAGAAUAAACAGAUUUCCGUCUUGAUAUUAAUUGCUGAAUUUGUUACUCUUAAGGUAGAAGUUGAAAUAACGGCCCCUUCGCUCUGCCGCACAAAUCGCUGGGAUUAUUUAGAACGUCCUUUUGACGAUUGUUUGGUUAACAGCAUGUACUUACAGUAAAGCCCAGAUUGAUCGCCCCUGUCACCAAUUUCUGCUUAUGAUACAUUUACGUGGCGGAUCUUGCAGAGCAGCGGAGCCCUGCAGGACGGAGCCGACCUACAUCUCCACUUUAAUUAGCAUGAUUGAUAUUAAGCACUUUAUUAGAAACCUGGGGAUGUUUUCUGGGUCUUUUUAUCAGCUUAAAGUGAACAUCCUCUGCUUAUAACUUAUCGAUUACACACGAGCUAUGAGUCGAUGCCUUAAAAGUUCCUAAAUAUUGUGAUCUGUUGGAGAAUGUUCAGCCCGUAAGUGUCGGUGAGGCUAUUUGUAGCAUAGAGAACAUGCGUUGAUUUCUCAGUGUGACCAUAAUAAAUAUAUUAAAGAUAAA